AGGAGCCGGACCCCUCCCGUGACGUCCAGGGACUGUCGAGGAGCGGAUUCAGUGCGUUGGACCGCGAGUGGGCCACAGCACUGCCGAAUCGGACGAUUGGGGACGCUCUGCCCGUGGAAAGGCUCAGCCGGGGAACCCGCGCCCUCCAGGGUCCCCUGCGGGAGGGACCACAACUCUAUCCUGGGGAAAGCGGGGAAGCUGAGGCUACCGCAGGGAAGCGACUUGUCCUGGGCCAUGCGGCGAACCCGGAGUCAGCUCAACAGACCGGGACUUUGGGGAGUCCGGGGCCGGACCCCGCCCAGCGUCCAGCUACAGUCUCUCCCCUCCCCCCAGAGCUGCUGCGGAGUGGGUAGUGGGCGUCAGGCUUGCCCACCCGGCGGAGCCCUGGGGGCGGUGCCACAUCGGCCCCGCCCCAGCCCCAUUGGCUGCGGCGCCGGGGGCGGGGCGGGGCUGCCAGAUGUUGGGGCGGCGGCAGGAGCUAGGGAGAGGGAGGAGCCGCGCAGCCAGGCGGAGGGCAAGGGCGCCGCUGGCCGGCCCGCAGGGCCCUCUCCACACCGCUGUCGCUGGAGUUCGCAGAGGAGCUAGCAGGCCUGGCGGGGGCUCCGGCACGGGCAUGCACAGCGCUCGGCUUGACAGUUUCCUGGGCCAGCUCCGCUGGGAACUGCUUUGUGGCCGGGACACAGGCUCACCCCCGAUGCCUGGCCCCCUUCCGCCACCCCCCAAACCUGGCCCAGGCAUGCGGCUCAAGCACAGGCUCAGGGCCUCAGAUGCCUUGGAAGAGGACUCAGUCUGUGGUGUGGAGGAAGAAGAGGAAGAAGCUGUAGUGACAGGAGACAGGGGUGCAGCCUUGGGGGGCCCCAAAGAGCAUGCCCUGGACUGGGACUCUGGCUUCUCAGAGGUGUCAGGCAGCACAUGGAGAGAGGAAGAGUUGCCCGUACUCCAGCACCCACCACCCUCAGCAUGGCCCCCACGUAGACAGCGCCUCUCAGCCAGUAGCAUCCCCCUGCCUGGUGGAGCUCCUGUGGCCAGAGUACCACCUGCCCACCGACCACGGCCCAAGUCCACCCCAGAUGCCUGCCUGGAGCACUGGCAGGGGCUGGAAGCUGAGGAUUGGACAGCAGCCCUGCUGAGCAGAGGUCGUAGUCGCCAGCCCCUGGUGCUGGGGGACAACUGCUUUGCUGACUUGGUGCACAACUGGAUGGAGCUGCCUGAGGCGGCAGGUGAGGGGGACAAUGGGGGAGGGCCCCGUGCCCGUGCUCGGCCCCCCCAGUUCCUGCUUGGCCUCUCUGAGCAACUGCGGCGCCAGCUGGCCAGGGCGCGCAGGGCAGCAGUGGCAGGAAAGCGACUGUCAUGCCCACCUCGCCCGGAACCUGAACUGCCUGCAGAUGUCUCACGCUUUGCAGCCCUCAUGAAUUGCCGCAGUCGCCAGCCCAUCAUCUGCAAUGAUGUUGUCAGCUACCUCUGACCCUGCCCUCCAGCCUGGGACAAUAAAGGCCUUUCUUUGGA